UUUUGAACUGUAACGGUUAUUUCCAUCCAGGUCUGAAUUACAGACACGAAGUUACUUUUUCAACGUUUGUUUUUUCAACUUUGUCUGGAAACAUUAGAUUCUAUAAUGAAGAGACAUUAUAAUUAUAUGACCAAUUUGUUUUAGGGUGUCGUAAUUAGUGAUUCCGAAUUGUUUUUCGAUGAUUGAAUAUAGUGAAAUGCAUAAUUGGAAAAUACAUUUUUAAGGCCUAGUGACAUGAAGCAGGAUUAAUUCUGUGAAACUGAAUGAUAAUAAUCACACUGAUGGUCGUACCGGCGGAACACACUUCAAAAUGAAAGCUGGGCAUCUAUGUCAAAGAAGUCGCUUGACACGUGACACAGACUUCUAGUGACUUGAAUGCAAAUCUGACACAAACCGUGAAUAUUUAGAACACCCUGUAAGAAAAGAAAACUAAAUUGGAAAUUUUAAACUUCUCCAGCCAUAAAGAAAAGAAACUAGACGCAAAAAAAUCGGUCAGAAAUAACUUGUCACUCGAAGGAAAGCAGAAUGUUGCUAAUACAAAGUUCCGUGUGACAAGUCCAACGUUGCAACCACGAGCUCAACCAUGUCAGAGCUUAGGACUGUCAUUCCCCAAGUGUCUUCGGCCCAGUGCUGCAGCGGCGGAAGCAGCCUGAGCGUGGUCCCCAUGGCGUGCCGCAGCCCCGACUCGUCGCCAACACAACACUUUCGCCGCAGUUUCUCGCGAGUGUACUACGCCUCCGAGGACGGCUGUUGGCCGGCGCACAGCUUGCCCAGGGACUUCUGGAAGCGCUCCAGGACGCAGAAGGAUUCCGCCAUCCAGGAGAGGGCCGAGGAGACGUUCAGCUCCGGCGAGGACGCUGUCGAGGGCGAGUUCUCCUUGGAAGGUCCUUUCGGAGGCUCUCUCCGAGGGUCACCUUCCCAACGCUCACAGGACUCGGGUUACUCGGACUCUGGGGAGUCCACUGUUGCGCAGCAGGACAGCGACUCCUCGGCGGCCGCCACUCCUCCCAGCGUGAAGCACAUCACGAGAAUCUACUUCGGCGAGAACCUCCACUUGUACAACGACAAGAUCGUUUGCACGUCGCCAGCGGGAGUCGCGCCGCCCGCCCAGGGGUCGGCGGGGCGCGGCGGGAAGCGCGAGAACCGCUGGAAGAACCUCGAUUCUUUCCAUCGGUCUGACCUCGAGGAGUUGGCGGAGGAGCUGGAGCACAAGAGCGUGCUGGAGAUCGGACCGCGACACUGCAUCGCCGCCAGGAAGUGGAAUGACAGGCCGUCUUUAACUCCGACGCGACGACCUCAGCGAUGCAACAGCAGCGUGGAGAAGACGACGUUCGAGGGCGCGGAGGGGCACCCCGGCCGCCCCGGGAGUAGGACGCGGCGGCGCUGGUCCAUGGGGGAGGCGCAGCCGGCCGGCAACAAGCACCGCAGGCCGCCGCAGGUCGCCGUCGCGCCCACCAGCGCUGCCGACCGCAAGUGUAACCCAGAUCUCGUGACGAAUCUGCAGCCCUGGUCUCUAACGGGCUCGGACGACCUCCUGCAGGUGGCGCGGCGCAGAGACCACUACGAGCCCCCGCCCCCGGGAGAGGACGCCGGGAACUCGGCUUUUUCGACGGCCGCGCUCGCCCAGGGCAUGAGUAACGCAUCCCUGCAGCAGUGGGUGAAGGAGCUGCGUGUGCUGUACGAGGCAGAGUGCAUGAACACACUGCAGUCGAAGUCGGUGCCGCGAGAGGGCGCCCUCCCCGACCCCGCGGCGCACUCCACGCGGGAGGCAGUGCGCGCCAUCCAGCUCCGGGCGCAGGACGUCUCCACAGAGUUUGCAAAAUUGUGCCAACGCUUGGAGUGGCUGGAGCUGGACCAGGUGCCCGUGCUGGCCAAGUCCCUGGUGUGUCACAUCAACACUUUCUUGAAGGACUACACCACGCAGUGGACUUCGGCCGAGAUAGACUUCCAGCCGCAGUCGUCGCUGGGUCGCCAGAGCAAAGUCAUCGAACAGAUCUGCCAACGACUUACGGACGUGUGCAGCGACGACCACACGCGGGAGGCGGACGAGCAGGAGACGACCCGGCAGGUGGUGCAGGUGGUGACGGCUCUCGGCCACGCCUUCACCAAGCUGGUCGACCUCAUGAUCAGUCGUGAAAUUAAGAUUGUAAUCCGAUCCCUAGAGGACUACUGCAGCUUCAGGGACACGAGGGACGCCAUCAUGAGCCUGACUGCGAUGGGCACGGACGGGGGACACAUCUGCCGCCUCAUCGCCCGACUCGGGGGCGUCCGGGCGCUGCUGGGCAUCUGCCUGGAGUCUCGGGCGGGCGUCGUUAGGGUGGACGCCCUUCGCGCUCUGGCCACCGUGUGCUGUGUCGUCGAGGGGAUUCUGGAGCUGGAGAAGGCGGGGGGCGUGGAGGUGGUGGCGGAGGUGCUGUGCGACGAGGAGUGCCCCGAGGAGGAGCGGAGCGAGGCGGCGGGCGUGCUGGCGCAGGUCACGUCGCCCUGGGUGGAGGACAACCACCGCCUGGCCGGCCUCCACGACAACAUGGACGCCAUCGUCGCCGCCCUCACAGGUCUCGCUCGCAGCACCGAGACGCCCGAGACCUUCCUGCUCGCCUCCGCCGCCCUCGCGAAUCUCACCUUCCUGGACAGCGACUUCGUGAACGCCAUGGUGGCUGCUGGGACCGCCCGCGUUCUCUUGCGGGCGGCGCGCGGGAGCCUCGCGCUCUCCAUCUUCACCAAAGACCAGAUCGCGACGGUGCUGGCCAACCUGGCGGGGUCUCGCGGGGCGGCCGAGGAGGUGGUGGCCGCGGGGGGCGUGUCCGUGCUGCUCGCCCUCCUCAACACGCGCCCCGCCCCCUCGCACCGCCUGCCGGAGGUCGCCACAGCGGAGCGCGUCCAGCAGAAGUCCGCCAUCGCUCUGUCCAGGCUGUGCGCGCGGGCGGCGGUGGCGCGGGAGGUGGUGGAGCGGGGCGGCGCCAGGAGGCUUGUCCGGCUGUGCAAAGACGAGGAGGAGAGGAACCACAGCGACUCAGUGCUCGUAGCUUGUUUGGCAGCGCUGAGGAAGAUGGCCUCCGCUCUCGGCCCCGAGGAACUCCGGGAGAUGGGCGCGGCAGAGCUGGUCGAACCUCGUCUACUGGAUUCCUUUCUGAUCUAUUCGUCCCGCCAGGAGAGCUUCGUGUAGUGAAAAUAACUCGAAAAAGGAAACAAAGAAAAGAAAAAAAGAAAGGAAGAAGAAAAAUGCUAAUUUGAUUAAAGUCAAAUUCUGUCGAUUUUUUUUCCAAAACGAUGUAUUUUCUUUACUUACCUGAUUUCCCAUCACCAUUCUUUUCCUUUACUUCUAUGUUCGUCACAGCCAUGUCGUGUGUGGGCGCUGUUGUCGCCUUGAAAAAAAUGUUCUCUAAUUCAUACUGCGAGAAAAUAUCUUAUCUGAAGGGCAUUGUUUUUUUUGCCUUCUCUGUUCUGCUUUUAUGACUCUUGCCACCUUUUCGCCAGUGGCCGGACAGAAUUCUGGGGCUCCAGUCCUUAUUUGUAGUCAACGAACAUAUAAUUAUAAAUCAGUGUUUUGUGUGUGUGUGUGUGUGUGUGUGUGUGUGUGUGUGUGUGUGUGUGUGUGUGUGUGUGUGUGUGUGUGUGUGUGUGUGUGUCAGACUGAUAUACCCUGUGUAAAUAUUUGCAGUCUAAGAAUACCUUAAUAUCAGUUACACUAUAACAUAAUUUGAAAAAAAAAGUUAACUUCCCAAUAAGUAUAAAAAGAUGAUAAUAACUGGUAAAUAUAACACUGUUUUCUGCUAUGUACAUAACUCUACCAUCAAUACAUUUAGAAUCGAACAACCUAGUCAAGUCUUUACACCAAAAAUAGUCUGUAAUGUUCCUUCUAUGUAUAACAUUUUAUUUUUCGA